CCGCUUACUGAGCGUUACAAUUAAACGGACUCUGCGUUUCAGUUGAUUCUUGUCAGAUCUGCUCAUUGCUCGACUUGCUAAAUAAGUGCAAAAGCAGCACGGCUUUCUCUGUGUUUUACAGACCUCACGGACGUUUUAUUAUUCGUUUGCUUAUUUUGCUCCGGAAAGUAUUUAAUGCAAGGACGUAUUCUGUGAUCAGAGAGGCACUUCGACUUCAGUAGACAUGUGUAUGAGAAGAGACUACCAAUUACACGUCAUCGUUACGGUGUUGGUUCUCGCUGCUGCGGUGACAAACACUCAUGGACAAGAAAAUGUCAAUGCUGUGGGCCAGAGAAGAGUGGAGUCAGACAGCGGAGCCUUCACACACUCCCCCACACAGGACACAGUGAGUGAGAUCAACCAUUUCACCACAGCAUCCACCAUGAACGUCCCUAACCACCGGCCCGUCUUCAGAGGCUUCGCCCUCCAUGAACACCUGCUGACUAAAAACUUCCAGGGGGACCAGCAGUUCUUCACAGACCAUGGAGAUGUGGCAGGACAUCCUACAAUGCCUGGCUCUGUUUCCACUCUUGAGGCAGGAGACGCUUCGACUCGCCUCGUGCAACAUGAGGACACCCCUGCCUUCUCUGACAUAGCCACUACUGCCACGGUGGCUACCACAACCCCCCUCACCAGCUCUGCUCCUACAACCCCGGGGCUACUGGUGAGCAUGGCUCAGAAGGACAAGCCAGCCGAGGACAGGGCCAGGGAGGCAGAGAAGGUGACAGUGACCACAGACUCCCUGACCACCCCUGUAGUGGCAAACACUGCCCCUACAGUCAGUGGCCUCAGACCCAAUGUCCCCCCCUCCCCGAAUGGAAGUCUCCAUAGUCAGAGGGCAGUUGUCACGGAGACCACCGUGGCACCCCCUGUGCUGACCACCUCAGUGAGGGUGGAGAAAGGGGAGUCCGAGGAACCAGGGGUAAAGAACAGGACAGGCCCUGGCAUCCAGCUCACCAAACUGACCGCAGCAUCCACAGGAGAGGUGGAUGAGGGAACCACCACCACAACCAUCAUCACAACCACCACCAUUACCACCAUGCAGACACCAGGUCCCUGCACUGUGAAUUUCACUGACCCAGAGGGUCACAUUGAGAUUCCACAGCUGCAUUCCUCAGCUUCGUCGCCUGACCCUGGAGUGGACUGCACCUACGUGCUGACCGUCUACCUGGGAUACGGGAUUGAAGUACAGGUGCUGAACGUGAGCCUGUCAGAGGGGGAGGUGGUGACAGUAGAAGACAUGGGGGGACGAGAGCUGUCCAUCCUGGCUAAUGAGACCGUCCUGAUGAGGGGUCUGGUGGUGCGCAGCUGGAGCAAUCAAAUCUCCAUCCUUUACCGCAGUGACCAGCAGCCUCGCUCUGGCUCCCUGCUGCUGCUGCAUUACCAAGCCUUCAUGCUGAGCUGUGCCUUCCCUAAGGAGCCAGCCAACGGGGAGGUAUCAGUGACUCACCUCCAUGCUGGGGGAGAGGCCUACUUUCAGUGUCUGACCGGCUACCAGCUGCAAGGCCCCACCAUGCUCGCCUGUCGCAACGCCACUACACCUUACUGGAGUGGCAAGGAGCCAAAAUGCCUGGCUUCCUGUGGUGGGAUGAUAAAAAAUGCCACUUUGGGCCGUAUUGUCUCUCCUGGUUUCCCUGGCAACUACAGCAACAACUUGACUUGCCAUUGGGUCCUGGAGGCUCCUGAAGGCCACCGGCUUCAUGUUCACUUUGAGAAAGUGGCUUUGGCUGAGGAUGAUGACCGACUCCUAAUAAAGAAUGGGAACAACAUUGACUCGCCUCUGGUAUAUGACUCCUAUGAGGUGGAGUACCUGCCCAAUGAGGGCGUGGUGAGCACAGGACGUCACCUCUUUGUAGAGUUCACCACAGACGGGACUGUGACUUCCACAGGAGCAGCCAUCAGAUAUGAAGCUUUUGCGAAGGGCACAUGCUAUGGGCCUUUUGUGAAAUAUGGAAACUUCACUAGCAGCAACACAGCUUGCGGUGUGGGUGCGGUGGUGGAGUUUGCCUGUGACCCGGGCUACACUCUGGAGCAGGGCUCAGUCAUCAUUGAGUGUGUGGAUGCAGAAAACCCCCAGUGGAACGAGACAGAGCCAGCCUGCAGGGCUGUGUGUAGUGGUGAGAUCACAGAUUCAGCCGGUGUGGUUCUUUCUCCAAACUGGCCCGAGGCCUACGACAAGGGCCAGGACUGCAUCUGGGGCAUCCACGUGGAAGAGGACAAGAGGAUCAUGCUAGACAUCCAAGUGCUCAAUGUGGGUAAGAAUGACCUGUUGACCUUCUACGACGGUGAUGACCUAACAGCUAACAUCUUGGGUCAGUACAGUGGCACCAGGUCUCGCUUCAGGCUCUACACCUCCAUGGCUGAUGUCACCAUCCAGUUCCAGUCGGACCCUGCUACCAACAUCUACGGCUACGGCAACGGCUUCGUGGUCCACUUCUUUGAGGUCCCCAGGAACGACACAUGCUCUGAGCUGCCAGAGAUCACUAAUGGCUGGAAGAGUACCUCCCACCCAGACCUGAUCCAUGGGACAGUGGUCACCUACCAGUGUUACCCAGGUUACGAGGUGCAGGGCUCUGAGAUCCUCAUGUGCCAGUGGGACCUGACGUGGAGUGGAGACGUCCCUAGCUGUGAGAAAGUGAUGACGUGUCCUGACCCGGGGAAUGUGGAGCACAGCCGGAGGAUGGUGACGGGAUCCCGCUUCAUGGUGGGAUCGACAGUGCAGUAUGUGUGCAAUAAGGGCUACUCCCUGUCUGGAAGCACACUGCUCACCUGCUACAACAGAGACUCAGCCAACCCCAAGUGGAGCGAGAGGCUUCCCAAGUGUAACCCUGAGAAGUAUGAGCCCUGCAGGAACCCUGGUGCCCCCUCCACCAGCGUGCAGAGCUUAGAGAAAGCCUUCUACCAGGCAGGGGAGACACUGAGCUUCUCCUGCCGUACCGGAUAUGAGCUGCAGGGGGAGCCCACCAUCCGCUGUGUCCCUGGACACCCGUCACAGUGGAGCGGCACACCACCCGCCUGUAGAGCAUCCUCUUUGCAGUAUUUGAAUGAGCGAAAGUUGGAUGUUGCUAGUCCUGAGUACGGUAUGGAGGGAACCAACAUUGCCAUCGCUGUUCUGAUUCCUGCUGCGGUUGUAUUGGUAGUCAUCCUGGGGAUUUACCUCUACUUUGCAAAACUUCAGGGGAAGACCAUCAGAAUGCCAACAUCAUCCCUGCCGCCAUAUGACAACAUGACAGAGGAGUCAGCCUUCAACAACCCAAUCUAUGAUAAAGGAGUAAGUACGGAUGUCAUGCACAUGAAUCUCCGAGACGUGGACUCCAAGAAUACCAUUGUCCAGUCCUGAUCCAUCCCAUUGCGAUCUGCCUGACUGUCAUCUCAUAUUUUACCAGCAGAGGGCACCAUCUAACAAAUCAGCAACCAGAGCUCUGAACUGAGCCUCUAAAUUUGUGGUCUUGUGAUGAAUGCAGACAAGCACUAUUGCCAAUCAAUUCUGGCUCUCAAGGUCUAUUACUUAGCUUUAAAGUUUGGAAGCUCUACAGUCUACUUAGCUUUAAAUCUUUCAAGCACUACAGUCUACUUAGAUUUAAAGCUAAAUGAGUUUUUGUAUGAGUAUCACAUUAUUUUAGGUGGAUAAAUAGGACCGCACAAGCACUCCAUCAGGGGAUAGGGGACAUGUAGUGCACAGAUGUGUUUACAUUCGAAAUUUGAGCCUGACAACUACGUUCCUGGAGAGAUGAUGAAUGUAUGAAGGAGGUGAAAGAUAUAUUUUUGUAAUACUUAAUAUCAGUGUCAGCGUCAAAGACACUUUAAAGCUCAUCCAUCAUUGUCAUUAUCAUGUCAUUCGCAUGUGAUUGAGUCGUGCAGUCAUUGAGUCUCAUCCAUUAAUUACACUGAACAAAAAUAUAAACGCAACAUGCAACAAUUUCAAAGACUUUACUUAGUUACAAUUCAUAUAAGGAAAUCAGUCAAUUUAAAUCAAUUCAUUAAGCCCUAAUCUAUGGAUUUCACAUGACUGGGAAUACAGAUAUGCAUAUGUUGGUCACAGACACCUUUUAAAAAUAAAGUAGACGCGUGGAUCAGAAAACCAGUCAGUAUCUGCUGUGACCACCAUUUGCCUCAUGCAACGCGACACAUCUCAUUCUCAUAGAGCUGAUCAGGCUGUUGAUUAUGGCCUGUGGAAUGUUGUCCCACCCCUUUUCAAUGGCUGUGCGAAGCUGCUGGAUAUUGGCUGGAACUGAAACAUACUGUUGUACAUGUUGAUCCAGAGCAUCCCAAACAUGCUAAAUGGGAGACAUGUCUGUUAUGCAGGCCAUGGAAGAACUGGGAGAUUUUCAGCUUCCAGGAAUUGUGUACAGAUCCUUGCGACAUGGGGCCAUGCAUUAUCAUGCUGAAACAUGAGGUGAUGGCGGUGAAUGAAUGGCACAACAAUGGGCCUCAGGAUCUAGUCACAGUAUUUCUGUGCAUUCAAAUUGCCAUCAAUAAAAUGCAAUUGUGCUCUUUGUCUGUAACUUACUUAUGCAUGCCCAUACCAUAACCACACUGCCACCAUGGGGCACUCUGUUCACAAAGUUGACAUCAGAAAACCACUCGCACACUUAACGCCAUCUGUCCGGUACAGUUGAAACCGGGAUUCGCCAGUUCACAUUUUAGAGAAAUCUGCUUUUUGUGCAUAUGGAACAUUUCAGGGAUAAUUAUUUCAGCUCAUGAAACAUGGGACCAACACUUUACAUGUUGCAUUUAUAUUUUUGUUCAGUAUAGUUUGAAAUGCUUUUGAAAUGUAUACACAUAUGGACCCUUUUAUGAAUUAUGGUUAUUAAAUCACAUGGACUAUAACAAAAAAUCUGUGCAAUAGACAGUAUUUAAAUUUACACUUAGUAUUUUACAUUAGUUUUAUCUGUUGCACUUUAGAACAUUAUCAGAGCACUUAGAUUUGACAUUGAGUCUCAAUUAUUGUAUUUGGUUUACACAUUCCUUGUCCAUGAGUCCUUCAUAUCUGCAUCAUUUAGUGUACAAAUAUUUUAUUUCAUGUGAGUGUUGGAUUUGUUGUGAAAUGUCAAAGGCACAAUGUACGAUAAACAUGAUUCCACCACGUACAGUACCAGUCAAAAGCUU